AUGGCACACAUUUCUGAGAUACAAGCACCAUUGCAAGAACUUCGGGCACUGGAUUCUUACAUUGAUGUUGAUUUUGCGGAACUCUUCAAUUCUUCUAUUUCUUUUUCUGAUGACAAAUCUGAAAUUAAAUGGGUAAUUGACAAGCCUGGGUCGCCUUCUGAUGGAGAUGAAAUUAAUACUAAUACAUUCGUUGAGAAUGAGGUUAUUAUUGAUGAUGAGGAAGAGAUUGAUCCUCUUACCAUUAUCAGAAAACCAUACGUUCUGACACCACAAUCAUCGCUUUCCAGUUCCAGUUCUAGAUCUAGCUCUACGUCUGCCAGUACGACUCCAAGUCUGGAUGUGGAUAACGCAGCUCACACUGUAGUCAUCUCUGGCAGCGGACAUAAAAAAUUCACAUCUAACAGUACAAUAGUUCCAAAUAUGGACGAUGUUCAGCACCUACGAAAAAGAGAGAUUUGCAACCAAAGUGACAAAAUUACAAGACCCAGUAUUCCUCCCGCAAAACCAAUAAUCCACAUUCCCACAACCCGCAUCGAACUCAGAGCACUCUACGAAAAGUUCCCCGAUAUCUGUCCUAGUAUUCCCGCACCCCCACCUGCUUUCUUCAACCGGGUAUUCAACCAGAAAACUUAUCUCGAAAGCCUACGAUCACCACCAACCUCACCGCGUAAAUACGGCCAACCAGAUUCCCAUCGUCUCGCCGAAUCUUUCGCCUCCAGAACACCUCUUCCUAUAAAAGUAAACAUGCAUCCCAGAGUAAUAAAAGAGAAUCUGCGAGAAUGGUACCAAAUGGAAGGAUUCAUGGCGAAAUGUCGACGCGACGAGCAACUAAACCCAUAUCCACAUUUAAAUUUAAAUUCGGGAUGGAAUCGUGCGCGGGUACAGGGAGAACAGUGGCAUGAUAGUUUUUGUCCGGUGCAGAUACCUAAUAAGAAGAUUUUGGAGGUGGUACAGCUGCGGGAGCAAUUUGCGAGGUUUUCGUGGAGUGCGCAGGUCGAUGCGAUUAUAGUUGAUGCGGGGUUAUCGAAGGGGGUUUUUGGGAGGAUUUUUGAGGGUGUAGAUGCGGAGAGGGAGAGAAUGGAGGGGUGUGGUUUGAAGAGAGUUCCUGGGGCUUGGUGGGGGAGGAGACAGAGAGUCUUUCGUGAUAUGAUGGGGAGGGGGUUUAGAGAGGAGCUUUUUAUUAGGAAUUGUUUGAUUUGGGAUGGGGUGAAGAUUUGGGCUUCUAAUAAGGGUAUCGAUGGGGAAUAUGGGAAAUUGAAGCGGAAGAUUGAUGUACUAGAGGAAAUGGCCAUCGAAGCAGACGAUAUGAAAGAGACACUGAUUCAGCAACCUCACGCCAAGAAACUCAAAACACAUCGACGAGUUGCACAAGUAAUGAGUGCAGAAUGGCGAUCCAGAAGACGUGGCCAGGAAAAAAAAGCAGGCCGAUGGACUGAUGGGACGCCGUUGCAAAAUCUAUUAUGGGAUCUUUAA